UCAGUCUCAAAGGAACUACAAAAAUCGCGCGACAGUUCGCGUCACUUCCUGUGCUUUACGGCAGCGUGAACCGCGGCGGCAGCUGCAGCAAACAGAAACAUCGCAGAUGGAGAACUACAGCAAAGCCCGGGUUCUGGAGCAGCCGUCGCCGUGUCCCUUCACCGACCUCCCUGCCGACACGCCGCAGGUCCGGGUCAAAGACGGCAGCAAGAUCCGCAACCUGCUGCGCUUCGCCCUCAGCCGCAUGGAGGCGGACCCCCGGCGGGCCGAGGAACAGGAGCGCCUGCCCCCCCCUGAGGACGGAAGCCCGGAGGGUCCGCGGGAGGCGGCGGGCCGGCCGCUCUGCAGACAGAUGGUCUUCACCGGCUGCGGGAAGGGCGUCUCCAAAGCCGUCACGUGUGCGGAGAUCGUGAAGCGGCGGCUGAAGGGGCUCCACCAGCUCACCAGGCUGACCUACAGCAGCGUGGUGGAGGUGUGGCGCCCCCUGGAGCCCGCCGCCGGCCUGGACAGCCUCAGCGUCAGCAGGAACCUGCCCACCGUCUGGAUCCUCCUCUCCAAGGAGCCGCUGGACCGCCAGCAGCCCGGCUACCAGGCGCCGGGCCGCUACGACGCCCUGUGGGCGCAGGCGGCCGGCCGGGAGGAGGGCGGGGGGGCGGCGGGGCAGCGGGGGGGGCCCAGGAGGAAGAGAGGAGGAGGAGGAGGAGGAGGAGGAGGAGGCAGAGGGAAGGGAGCCGGGCGCUCCAGAGAGUCUGCAAAAGGACCGAUGUAGACGCUCAGAGGACAUGAGGACAGAAGGGUUCUGGUCCGGUUCUGUGUUCUGGUCCGGUUCUGUGUUCUGGUCCGGUUCUGAUUUCUGGUCCGGUUCUGAGUUCCUGUUUACUGGCAGCUUUCAGUUUGAUCCAGAGAAAUAAAGAGUGAGGAUAAAUCGUUUGGUGUUGAUGUUCAGGAGGAGCAGAAACUCUCUGGGCUCCAGCUGCAGCAUAAAGUUUUCACGCCCCGCUAA